AGCUCGUGACGCAGUGCCCGGCUCUUCCUCCUUGAGCGUCUUCCUCCCUGGGCUGUUCCGGAUGAGACGCCUCCGCCCCCUCCGCCCCUCUCAUCCUCUUAUCAGCGAGUAAGCGGCCAACAUGGAUGUCGUCAACCAGUUGGUGGCCCAAGGGCAAUUCACAAUAAUCAAGCAACCACUGGGAUUUAUAAAAGUCCUCCAAUGGAUCUUUGCGAUCUUCGCCUUCUCGACAUGCGGCAGUUACUCCGGCAUGUUCAAGAUGAGCGUGGAGUGUCAAAACCGGUCGGACAGUGACCUCGCCAUCGAAGUAAAAUUUGAAUAUCCAUUCAGGCUCCAUCAGGUAUACUUUGAUGCCCCCACCUGUAAGGGUGGGAACCCUGAGCGUCUAUUCCUGGUCGGUGACUACUCUUCCUCAGCGGAAUUCUUUGUCACCAUCGGUGUCUUCUCCUUCCUCUACUCCAUGGCAGCCCUCUCUGUCUACUGUUUUGUCUUGGAGAAGUACCGUGAAAACAACAAGGGUCCCCAGAUUGACUUUGUAGUGACGGCGGUGUUCGCCUUCAUGUGGCUGGUGUCGUCUUGCGCCUGGGCCAAAGGGCUGUCCGAUGUGAAGACGGCCACCGACCCCGAGAGAGUCAUCACCCUCAUCACAGCCUGCGACGAACGAGAGAAUCGCUGCCGUGAGCUCUACGACCCCAAAGUCUCCGGACUCAACACUUCGGUGGCUUUUGGCUUCAUCAACCUGAUCCUGUGGAUAGGAAACCUGUGGUUCGUCUUCAAGGAGACCGGUUGGAUGGGGGCCUUCGCGGGAACGUACAUGCCGUCGCAGGAAAAGCAGCCCGCCCCCGAUUCCUUCGCCCAGGCCGGCUACGGUCAACAGGACCCCUACGCCGGCUCCCAGGGAGGCUACCAACCCGAAUAUGGCCAGCAGGGAGGCUACAACGAGGAGGGAGGCUACAGCCAGGGCUACGAACAGCAGCCCACCUCCUACUCCAAUCAAAUGUGAGCCUGUGCGCUGACGCCACAGCUGCAAGAUGGGUGACCUUGUGAUUCCGGCGCUCAACCGCCGCCUGCAUUUCUGCACUCGUCUGUUAGUCUGUUUGUGUACAUGUGAGUUGGGGUGGGGGAGGGCUAUACGCGGGAGGGUGGAAAGGCCAAAAGUGGGUCGUGACCACCUUUAGGGAUGAGGAAGGGGUCAGGGAGGGAGGGCUUGGAGUCUUUGCUGUAACAUGAUGUUUAUUCUCGUGAUGUAUUUAACUAUAGAAGACAACAGAGGAUUGUCUGUUUGGUUAUACGAGAAAAACUUGAAUACAAAUACCAAAACAUUCAUUGACCUUGAACAUUUAAGAGGAAAUCUUGUCAUGGAAAAAAGAUUUGCAUUUAUGGGCGGGGUAAAAACAUUGUAGUAAUAUUUAACUUGAGAGAAUGUAUUGUCUGUGCUGUGUAAAUAUCAACAUGCUAAUAUAUAUAUAUGUGUAUGUAUAUAUAUAAAUAUAUAUAUAUAUAUAUAUAUAUAUAUAUAUAAAUAUAUAUAUAUAUAUAUAUAUAUGAUUCUAUGUACUCCGUUGAAUAAUUGUGCACUCCAUGUUAGUUGUUAUACAACAAAUGUAGAGCACAGAGUUAUUCAAUUGGAUUUAUUUGGGUUCUGUCUAGGAGUGCAUAGUUUGGCCUUUGCCCUUCAGCUCCUCUCCCGUCCAGUAUUCACACCAACGUUGUUUUUUGUUGUUGUUUUUUUAAAUUCAUGACAUCAACUCUUUUUUUUUUUUUUUUUUUUUUGCGGUAGCAUUAGAAGCAGGGUGAAGGCCGAUGAAUUCUUAUGGAAAGGACUAUAAAGAGAAUUAACUGACCCUGGCUUUCUGACGCCCACCUUGGUGGGACACAAAAGCUGGUAGGUGCAACGGGUGGAAUUUGAAAGAAAUGGGAGUGCCAGGUGUGGCAUUGUAUUGAUACAAUUCUCUACCAAAUGUACAUUUUUUUUUUUUUUUUUUACCGGGAUGAACAUAAAUGCAACAUUUUGUGAGGUGAUGAAUAUGGGAAAGGACCUCAAAAAGGUGAUUUAUUUGGCCUAAGAAUAAUCAUCAGCAAUUUGAAGAGAGGGCCUUCACACUGCAUGCACCCGAAUUAAUAACAAGUAAUUAUGUGUAUAAAAGGGGACUUUUAGCAAUAGCAGUGCUUUGAAGUAGAUUUGUUUUCCACUUUAUUUCUCCGGGUGUUUUUUUUCCCCCGUCGCUGUCAAGAGGACGUGCGAAUAUUUCCAAUCCAACACUUAAAGAUAAUAUUAGUGGCAUACUUGAUUGCAUCUUCUAGUUCAUGUGCUCUUUCACAAACUGCUGUUGUGUGCUUUGAACAUUCUUAAUCAGGGCGGCGAGUGUCCGUUUUAGAAGUGCCCGUGUUUAUUUGUGGGUAUCGGCCAGAUUUUGUCAGUGAAUUUUGUCCUGUUUGUGCGGUUCAGAAAGUUGUAAGACACAGUCCUAUAAUUUUGUCCCCCCCUUUACAUUAACUUGACCUCUGGGUAAAUGAAAAUAAGUUAUGGUACAUGUUUAAGACCUUGCCCUGGUAAACCUUUUAAAGUAGUCCAAACAAAAUGCCAGAGAUGUUUUUUCCGCAUCUAAAAUCCUCCUUUGAAUGGCAAGUGAAAUUACUGCACGCAUCAUCUUCCUCUUACCCUGAGGUAUCCCUAAGCUUAUUUGAGAGGCCGGAGGACGGCAGCAGACUCCGCAGUGACACAACGGCAUGUUAGAUCCAUCUACAGUUACACAAAGCACAAUUUAGGCAAUAAAGAUAAUUCAACAGCCCUGCCAGUUGUGUUUGAAGUGGUUGCAGAUGUGUCAUCCUUUGUAGUUUUGCUUCCACAGACCUCACCUGAAUGAAUCCUUGUCCAUCUCCAACGGUUAACACCGAAUUCACUCUCUUUAUUUCCAACUUUUCUCCUGUUCCCCCCCAAACACAGUUUUAUUCUCUCUGUAGCUCUUAUAAAUAUGCUCACAUGAAAUAUACUCUGUUGUUAGUGGUGAAUGAUGUCUUGUGAUACUCUCUACACCUUUGGAUAGUGCUGUGUUUAUUGUGUAUGACGUAUACAUAUUAGUAUUUAUGAUAAUGAUAAGUCAGAGAAGAAAAAUAUCCAAGACUCUCCAGAAUUCUGCUGUAUUCUUACUGUAUGGGCUCCAUGUGAAACAAAAAUGAAAUAAACUUGAAAUUAUUCUGUUGAA